CUCUAGGCUAGGAGAAGGCAGAGGAAAUACCUGUGUGCUUCUAUGAUUCUUUGUUAGGUGGGGGUGGGGGUGGGGAAGCUUUCAAGUUCUUAUAUGAGCAGUGACAGGUUUUUAUGAAUUGUUUUCUGGCAGGAGAGCCUGGAUAUAAACUGGGCUGUCCUGGUUGAAAUAGUUGCUUGCCUUCUCAGAUAGUGACAGCAUUUUUCCCUGCCUUACUCACCUCCCUGAAUGACUGGUGACUAUGCUCCUGAAUGACAUAUCUGAGCUUGCUCUCUUAUCUGAGAGUAGGAAACUGAAAGGUGAGUGAUGAAGCCACUUGCUGCUCUCUACUCUGCAGAAAUUAAGGAGCCGGAGACAGUUUCUUGGACGCCCUGUGAAUAUCAGAAAGUAUAUUUUGGAGGAGUUAAAAGAAGACCAAGGGAUAUGGUGUUCACAUUUGCUUCCAUGGAACCCAACCAAUCUUCCCUGGGAAACAGAAACAAACAGUGGCAAGAGAUCUACCCUAAGUAAGAAAGAAGCUAUUAAAGGAUUCCAACCUCCUCUUCCUUCCCUGGGCCCAAACUCUAUUGAUCUCCCAGACCAUGAAGAUGAUUUGGUGGAAGAAGAAACUCUGCAGGCAGCAUUACCUGUGGGCCCUGGGCUGCUAUUUGCUGCUGGCCAUUGUUGCUCUGAGAUUCUCUCUCAGAUUGAAAUGUGACUUUGAUUCCCUGGAUCUGGAGUCCAAGCACUGUAGGGACAUCUUGUACAAGUCCCUGCAGUUGACAGCAAGGAGAUCCAUCAACUGUUCUAGAAUCAUCCAAGGGGACAAGGAAGCAGUGAUUGAGGCUCUCCUGGACAGGCUGGAGGUCAAGAAGAAGCGGGAGCCUUUCACAGACACUGACUACAUCAACAUGACCAGAGACUGUGAGUACUUUAAGGCCAAAAGGAAGUUCAUACAGUACCCACUCAGCAAAGAGGAGUUAGACUUCCCUAUUGCAUACUCUAUGGUGGUCCAUGAGAAGAUUGAAAACUUUGAAAGGCUGCUGAGAGCUGUGUAUGCCCCUCAGAACAUAUACUGUGUCCACGUGGAUCAGAAGUCCCCAGACACUUUCAAAGAGGCAGUCGGGGCAAUUAUUUCAUGCUUCCCAAAUGUCUUUAUAGCCAGUAAGUUGGUUCGGGUGGUUUAUGCCUCCUGGUCCAGGGUGCAGGCGGACCUGAACUGUAUGGAAGACUUGCUCCAGAGCUCAGUGCCCUGGAAAUACUUGCUGAAUACAUGCGGGACAGACUUUCCCAUAAAGACCAAUGCCGAGAUGGUCCUGGCCCUCAAGAUGUUGAAUGGGAAGAACAGUAUGGAGUCUGAGAUACCUACUGAGUACAAAAGAUCUCGCUGGCAAUAUCACUAUGAGGUAACAGACACAAUACACAUAACUAACAAGAAGAAGGACCCUCCCCCUAAUAAUUUACCUAUGUUCGUAGGGAAUGCCUACAUUGUGGCUUCUCGAGGCUUUGUCCAGCAGGUCUUUGAGAACCCCAAAGCCCGGCAACUGAUUGAGUGGGUGAAAGACACCUAUAGCCCCGAUGAACACCUCUGGGCCACGCUUCAGCGUGCCCCAUGGAUGCCUGGCUCUGUUCCCUACCACCCCAAGUUUCACAUGUCAGACAUGGCUGCCAUUGCCAGGCUGGUAAAAUGGCAGGGCCAUGAAGGAGACAUCAGCAUGGGGGCACCUUAUGCGCCUUGCUCUGGAACCCAUCAGCGGUCUGUCUGUAUUUAUGGCGUUGGGGACCUUCACUGGAUUCUUCAGAACCAUCACCUGUUGGCCAACAAGUUCGACCCAAAGGUGGAUGAUAAUGUUCUUCAGUGCUUAGAAGAAUACUUACGGUAUAAGGCCAUCAACAGACUGCACUCUGAGAUACACUGAGAGAACUGCUACCUCAGAUUGAAAUGUGGGGCAAGGACAUCUGCAAACAUGCCCAGACUGUGCUGGGACAGUGUGGGGUGGGAGACCAGGUCUCUGGAAUCCACGGCAUCCCACAGGGUUAGGGGGCUGCUAUUGGAGUGUGGGUAAGUAGAUCUGUUGCCUUGCAAAUUGCUAUCCCGGAUGAACACUGACUUAGCUCACCCCACUCCCAGUAGCCCCUCCACUGACUUUCUCACAGAGUGAGCAGAAGAACUAGUUAUUUGGGAGAGCCAGGGAGGGAAGUGUGACAGGGGACCCUGGACUUUAGUUGAAUGCUUGGUGUCCAGCUUUUCCAUUCUGUGGAGAUGCCAUUCCUAAUAAUUCUAGGCUUGGUAGUGGGAAGGGGGAGUUUGAUGGAAAUAGGGCCUUCUCAUGUACGAUUAACUUAAAAAUAAAUAGCUCCUAAUUCAAACCUCUACCUCCGCUUUCUGUUUGGGAAGCCAGAAAUAAGACAAAAGUGUGAUACUUUUUUUCAUUACUAUUGAUGGCAUUUAAAAUCCCUCGUGGCUGGCCAGAGACUCCCCAUUAUUCCAAAAUGAUCAUGGCAGGCUGUAUAAAUAGCAUAUUCAAAAAAAUAUAAAGGUACAGAGCUGAUGCUUUCAUUGUUGAAAACCCUCCUCAUGUUGUUUACAUUGCCAGAUUUGUGACUCUUCUGUAUGGGAAAAGGCAGAGUGAUUUAACCAAUCUGACCACCAUAUCUUUAUGGGAAAAUUACAACCCUAAUUUAGCCGGCUUCACAGCCAAAGCUUAACGUUCCAUAACAAAGAUAAUAGCUAGUUUAGGUAAGUCCACCAUAUAAUUUAUUGUCUAAACUGGAACACUUUUACAGGAGGGGAGGGUGGCUGUACUAUUACAAUUAUGUGGGGAAACAAAAAUAAACAAGGACUGUUUAGCUAAACCAGGAAAUCGGGUUAUUUCACAUUUAGGCCUUUUGAGUGAAAACUCUUAAGUAUGUGAAUGGAAGAGUCACUAUUUGUGGUUCUUUGGCUUAUACAUUUCCUCGUGGGGAGACAAUUUUGUGUGUGUGUAUUUGCCUCCACUCCCUGUAAAUGCUACCCAGUGAAACAAUGAUCUCUGAGGCUCCAGAGAUAAUUGUCAUAGCAUUAUGGAAGGCUAUUGGCUAUUGGUAAUACUCUUCUGUGAUGGACCGGGGAGACUACAGAAAAAGAGGCAUAUCUUUUAUAUAGUACAGUUCAUCUUCUGCAUAUAAUAUGCUUUGGAAAAAUGAUUUAAAUACAAAUUAAUUUGUGUAAUUUGAAUGAUGUUCCCAUUAAUAUGUCAUGAUAUUGUUUCGUCAUUUCUUAUUAUGACUCAAUCAAGUGUUUCUCUCAUUAUCAAUGUUCCCUGUAACCCAUGUACUCUGACGUAGUUAUCACUGUGUCUGACAGUGAAUUUUCUAUUUAUAGUGACUGCUUUUGGUAAAGUUGUACUCCUUUGGUAAUGGGCGCUGCCACUACCAACUUACCUGCAUCAUACUAUUGAGUCCUCUUCACCUUGCCCCCAGCCCUGCCUCCGAGAUGCCUGACGGAUAGUCAAGGGCUCAGCAGAUGAGUCUGUGUAAGGCCUCUUCCUGGCAGGGGAGCUCACAGACACCUUCACUGCUGUGGGAAGUGGGCAGAAAAGCUUCCCAGAAUGCACGCAUUCUGAGGAAAGAACUUGGGUCCUUGGCCUCAUACUUGACUUCCUCUGUAUAUUUUCAUGUGAAAUAAAUUAUCUUUUUUAUACAAACAAACUAAAUUGUGAACUUGUCAUUUGAGGGGAAGAAAUUUCUGGAAUUUUCCAAGUACUGACAUCCCCCCCACCCCCCCUUGAAAUACAUUCAAGUGCAUAGAAAGUGCUCUUUAUUUAAUAACACAAGGUCUUCCUAUCUGAAGGGUCCAAUUUCUCCCUCAUUUGUGUAGUUUAUUUUUAGAAAUCAUACAAUUAAGUGAACACAUUUGUUGAUUUUUUUCUUCCCUCUAAGUCAUAUUUGUUUCUUUAACCUCUCUCUGGAAAGGAAAAAUCUUAUAAAUGAAUGAGCAACUAGGCAUGUAUUACUUCUCAAGGUUUGAAUUACUUCUUUAGUUUUGAUUUGUGGACUAUUGGUAAAUUCUGUUUUAAUAACUAUUUUGAUAUACAGCCUGCCUAUUAUAAUCUUUGUGCUCUUGAUUGAGUGAAUUAUUUUAAGGAAGAAAAGACAGUUAAUCUUGUUUAGGAACAGAUGAUGUAACUUAUUUGGAGGAGACUAUGUAUUUGGAUUAAAAAUGGAAAGAACUGCCCUACCUGGUUUGAGUGGAUAGAGCAUCGGCCUACAGACUGAAG